GAUUAUCUUUGUUAGUUAGCCUAUCUCUCCCUCUCAUCCACUAAGACAGGUCCGGAGAUCUCUCAGUGCUGUACCACUAGGUCUCUGUUUUACUUUUAUCAGCCUUUCGAGGAGUAGGGCACUAACAAACUGGCUAUUAAAUCGCAUUUGGUAUGACAAAUUCAAAGAAGGACACAUCAGUGCAUAUUUUCAAGGUGGAGUCAAGUGUCGAGAUGAAAACAUAAAUCCUACUGUGGCACCAUUGACUACGGUAUCAAGCGACGAAGGUAAGAUAUUCUUUAUUCUCUUUCUUAUCUAUUAUCUUUGUUUAUUAAUUUUGUUGUCGUUCUUUAGUUCAUGAUUCAUUCGACCAACCAAGACCGAAGUUGACUGCCUCGCAAAGAACCAAAAAGGAAUUAAAACGACUUGGUGUUAAACGACAAAAGCAACUAGAUGAUGAACCACCACCAAAACGACAACGAAAGCCGAAACGAUUCGUCGACGAGGACUGA